AUGGACGCCUCAAACCAGAACCAAGGCCAGCCUCCGGUUGCGCCUCAGGCUCAGCAGCUCCCAGAUGCCAGCGCGGCCGCUGCGAUGCCUCCCGUCGACGCUGGCGCCAACCUCAACGGCAACGGUAUUCCUCAGCUACCAGAUCAUCUCCUCGGCUCAAUGAACCCUGAAGCCAUGGCUGGCAUGAUGCCUGAUCCCUCACUCAUGGCGGAUCCCACCAUGUUGGCGGCCAUGCAGAUGCCUCUAGCAGACCCCUCAGCCUUCAUGAUGCAGCCUGGAAUGGCCAUUCCAAACGGCCAGCCUCACGCCUUUGGUGUCCCUGUGGCACCGCCUGCCACGGUCAGCGCUGAUGAGAUUGCUCUCUAUGAUCGCCAGAUCCGCCUCUGGGGCAUGGCCGCCCAGGCCAAGAUUCAAAGCGCAAACAUUCUCCUCAUCACCAUAAAGGCUCUCGCCAACGAGAUCGCAAAGAACCUUGUCCUCGCUGGCAUUGGCUCUCUCACCCUCUUGGACGGUGCCGUCGUCACCGAAGCCGAUCGCGGCUCCCAGUUCUUCCUCGCUGAUGAUGACAGCAUCAUCGGCCAGAACCGCGCUCAGGCUGCGAGUGCCGCCCUCCAGAAGCUCAACCCUCGUGUUCGUGUCCACGUCGACACAGAAGGCGUCAAGACAAAGGGGCCCAGUUACUUUGCUGGCUUCGACAUCGUUAUUGCCACUGACCUUGACCCCGAGUCAUUCAACAUCAUCAACACCGCCACCCGCCUGAACUGCAAGGCAUUCUACGCCGCUGGUUGCCACGGUCUCUACGGAUUCAUCUUCAGCGAUCUCAUCGAGCAUGACUAUGUCAUCCAGCGUGAUCUCGGAAACGUACCAACCAUCCCUGGCCCCGAGACACGCACUCGCACCAUCGUCGACGUCCAGACCCGCAAAGAGGGCCCCAAGACAAUCGAGUCCGUCACCAAGCGCGAGCUCUAUUCCACAUGGUUCCUUGCCAGCGAUGUUGGUGGUCUUCCCGAAGAAUACACCCAGUCCCGCCGACGACUCAAGAGCGUGACCCCUGCGCUCUCGUGUCUCCGCGCCCUAUGGGAGUUUAUGCAGAUCCAGGGCGGCCGCGUCCCCAGCAAUCGCGAUGACCUUAAGAUGUUCACGCAGAUUGCCACCCAGAAGCACAAGGCCCUCGGCCUCCCCAGCGAGACCCUCCGUCCAGAGUUUCUGCGCAGCUUCCUCCAGAACCUCGUCAGCGAGAUCUCCCCUGUCGCCGCCAUUCUCGGUGGUCAGCUGGCUCAGGAUGUCAUCAACGUGCUCGGCCAGACGCAGCAGCCCAUCCAGAACAUGGUCGUCUUUGACGGUAACACCAUGGAGGGCCUCAUGUACCCUCUGCACCCCGAGGGCUCCCUCGGCUCCGGACUCCUCACCGAUCACCAGGUGCCCAACGGCGGCGCCCCCAUGAUGCUUCCCACAGGCAUGGAUGCCUUGCCCAUGGGCAUCGACCCAACCGCGAUGGGCGCUCUGCCUCACCACAACAAUCCCAUAAUGAUCCCCGGUGGGCUGCAGAACGGCAUGGGCCUUGCCAUGCAGGACGCUGCCAUGACCAACCCUACGCAACAGUUCAACCCUGCGCAGGCUCCCCAGCAGCCACCUCAGCAGGACCCUCAACAAGCCCCCCAGCAGGCAGCACCGCAACCCGCAGCAGCCACGGCUGAGCAGCCUGCCCAGGAGGCACCGGCGAACCCUGGCAAUGCGGGCGCAAACUAG